AUAACGCGCUGUGUUGAAAGUUUGUCCUUGCAGGAUACCGUACUGACGACAACACGCUCACAGGGAAAACAUGGCCGCGGCCUUAGCGAGGAGGGUGUCCGUGUUCCUGAGGCCGCUGUCUGCCUCUCUUCGCCCCGGGACACCGCAGCUCCGUCAGCUCUCCAGCCUCAUCCACCCUUCGCCGCUGUACAGCUCCGCUGCUGCGGCCGCCGUCCGCGCUCCUCUGCCGGCUGCAGCCUAUCAGACACCCCGCUACCACAUCCUCCAACGGGUGUCAGCUCUUGUUCCCAGUCUGACUCUGCAGCCAAGCAGAAGUCUGAUCUACUAUAGUCUGAAGAAGGGGAAGAGAAAAACUGUCAAAUCUGUCACACAAAGAUUCCUGAGGCUGCACUGUGGACUUUGGAUCAGACGCAAGGCUGGAUACAAGAAGAAACUGUGGAAGAAGAAACCUGACAGACGAAAGCGCCUGAGGGAGUUUGUCAUCUGUAACAAAACACAGAGCAAACUUUUAGAUAAAAUGACAUGUUCUUUUUGGAAGAGGAGGAACUGGUAUCUAGAUGAUCCAUACCUGAAAUACCAAGACCGGGUAAACCUCAAACCGUAAUUUGAUAUGUGUAGAGGUGUCAUGUAUUCUGUUCAAAUAUAAUGUACUGAUGUAAUAUACAAAAUAAAGUCAAAUAUUGUUAAUGA